UUUGUCUAUGGUACAUUUGAAGAAGGCGAGCGUUUGAGUCAGUAAUUUGUUGAAAAUAAUUUUGCUUAAGAUAAUAAAACAUCAUUCUUUAUCAACAGUUAUACAUAUUCAUUUUAAAAGGAUUAAAUAUAUUUGAAGAUGGCAGUGAACGUGUAUUCGACAAAUGUCACCUCCGAGAAUCUGUCGAGGCACGAUAUGUUGACGUGGGUGAACGACUGCCUGCAGUCUAACUUUGCGAAGAUCGAAGAGCUCUGCACAGGCGCCGCAUACUGCCAGUUCAUGGAUAUGUUGUUUCCUGGUAGUGUGCCAAUGAAGAGAAUAAAAUUCAAGACAAAUCUAGAGCAUGAGUACAUACAAAACUUCAAAAUAUUACAAGCUGGCUUCAAAAAAAUGUCUGUAGACAAGGUAAUACCGGUGGACAAGCUGAUAAAGGGCAGGUUUCAAGAUAACUUUGAGUUUUUGCAGUGGUUUAAAAAGUUUUUUGAUGCCAAUUAUGAUGGGAGGGAGUAUGAUGCGUUCGAGGCCCGCGGCGGCAUAAUGAUCGGGUCGGGUGCUUGCGACAGCGGCGUGCCUCUUUGCGCGGCCGCAGCGCCCCCUCCGCCCCGCGCCCGUCGCGCCGCGCCCCUCCACCACUCGGGCAUACCCAUUGACAGACUGGUGAAGGGUCGUUUCCAAGAUAACUUUGAGUUCUUGCAAUGGUUCAAGAAGUUUUUCGAUGCCAACUACGGCGGCUCGGAGUACGACGCGAUGGUGGCGCGCGAGGGCCUGCCCAUGGGGCACGGCUCGGCAGGGGCACCGCAGCACAGGGCUCCGCCCCCCGCCGUUAGGAAGCCGGCAGCGCCCGUCGCUAAAGUCGCCGCUAGACCCCAAAUCAUUGUCAAGGCCAAUAGCACAGUGCGGUCUCCGCCAGUCAACUUGUCAAGAUUAAAUCAAAGCGCGAAAGGCGAUUCAAAAUUAGUUGACGAUUUAAACCACCAGAUCAACGAAUUAAAAGCAACAGUUGAUGGACUUGAAAAAGAAAGAGAUUUCUACUUUGGUAAACUUCGGGAUAUAGAGGUGAUCUGUCAGGAGAUGGAAGAACAACAGAACGCUCCAAUAGUUCAAAAGAUUUUGGACAUCUUAUAUGCAACUGAGGAUGGAUUCGCGGCUCCCGAGGAAGUGGACGGUGAAACCCCCCACCCACCGGAGGAGGACGAAUAUUGAAAGUGAAACAUAAUAUGUACGCGUAUCAUAGUGCUCUUUGUAUAUUAUAAACUCGAAAUUAUAUCGCUUAAAUCAUCGACAGCAUCGAGUGCUUAGUAUUUCACAGCCAAUGAGUCGUAUAGGUAUAGUGAAAUGUUUGAUGUGCGCGAGUCCAUGUGUCUUAAACUUAAAUUUUAGUGACGAAACUCUUGCACGAUUGACUUAAAAUCCCACUUUAUGCAAGAGUAGUAUGGGGUACAGUAUACAAUAUAUUCUGUAAUAAAGAUUACGACGAUCGCAAUGCUUAUAUCAUGUGUUCCGUAAUAGGAACUGUCGUAUUCAAAGUGCUUUCUGAUUCACGCAUUAUUUCAAACAUAUUCAUAAUCUAUAUAAAUAAAAUAAACAUGGCGCCGCGCACACAUAUCGAUAAAUCUAUCUGUAACAGUUUUAUCUAUUUAUAUACUUCUACUGUAUACAUAUUAUUUACAUGGGUCAUGUAUCGGGUAAAUUCCGAUUCCGAUUUCCAAUUCAAUACUAAACUGAAUUGAAUUAUCUAAAGUAGUGCCAUUCUUUUCAAUAGGGAGACAUUAAGAAAAGGAUGACACUAUUUUACCUACACCUGUCAGUUAGGAUUUGUAAAGGGUAACCACACAUUUAUAAAAUUAUAUGGGCGAUCGUUCUAGUAUCCAAUUGCAGUUCUCAUACAUUUUAAUAUUUACUCUUGACGUCUGCUGUUUUUAUCCCAAAACUGACAAUGGCCCAAAGUAGCUUCCUAAAGUUCCUACCAUAUACAUUAAAAUAUAAAUGGAUGUAUUGUAUCAAAAUUACAUUGAUUGUAUGUUACAUGGAUUUGAAAAUUUAUAGCACUGUAUGUAUAUAUUAUGUAUGUUGACUUCAUUAUAUGCAGAAAAGGCACGUGGCUGUGUCAUACGUAAGUGCAUUCCUUAUAUAAUUAGGAGCGUUGUUUCUUGACUGAUUUCUUCCAAUUCUUGUUUGUUUGUUUGGUAGAAACAUUUCUUUAUAAACGAAGGUCUAUUACUAGUGAUGUAACGAAUAUACGCGUUAGAAUUGAAUUUGUCUUAGUGACCACGAGUUUUGACUUAUCUUUAUUGAUUUAUAUGUAGAUUGUUUCCUCAUAAAUGAAUCUCCAAUACUGAUUACGUAAUUUUUGCGAAGAUACAAAAGCACUAGUAUUAAAAUAAACGAAACUGUUACGCUCAGGCGACCAAAGGUAAAAAUCUUAAAGCCGUAUUUGUGAGGAAUACUAAACAUAAGGUAUAAAAUUCGACUGGCAUUAGUGAAUCCACAUCACGCGCGAAGGCUUUUUUUGUAAGGUCGCAACUGAGCAUUACAAGCUUUUAUCGAAAUAUUAAUUAUUUAAAACGACAAUUGGGAAAUAAUCACUUGUUUCUAAAACUACUUGUUAAUAAAUUCUCAUAAUGAAUUAAUUAUUUAAUAAUGUCCAUUUUCGAAUGUGUCUUGUAAAUCGAUUGCGAGUAAUCGAGUAUCAGUAUUUGUUACAUCACUACUGUACGGCGAAUAAGAUUUUAAUGUGCAAUGGUGCAUAAAGCGUGCUUUCUUUAUAAUAAUUAUUAUCUUAAAACUGAACAUUUUUGGGCCACUGGCGCCUGUGCAUUUAGUAGGUUGUUAAAAAUGGGAGAGAUUUACUGUUACUUGUUUGUGUUGUGGUAUCUAAAUUUACUGAAAAUUGAGUCGUUGGUCGUAAAAAUACUAUAACGAUGUAACGAAUAUUUGUAUUAGUAUUCAAAAUUGAUAACCAUUUUCUAUGAAAUAAAAAAAAUUACAUUGAUCGUGAACCGCAUAUUUCUUUUGAUAAAAAUGUUGACAUGAGUAAUCUUUUGGCUGUUUUAAUCAUGACAUUUAAAUCGUAAAAAUAUGCACCACAUGUAUCACGUCAGUUUUGACAAGAUUUCAUACAUAAGGUUAAGGUUUUUUUUACCUAAAUUUAGUGAAAUUAUUAUUAUAUGAAUUUAAAAUGCAUGUAUAGUCAUUUAUCGACUGUUAAAAAGGCAUACAUUACGGCACCGGUGUUAGCAGAUAUCAGAAUCGGGGCUUGAAAGGCAAAGCAAUCAAACCGCGAAUGCCAAAGUGAUAUGGGUUAAAAUCUCAGCAUACUAGAAUCUUAGCUUAGUUGUCAAAUCAAUCCGGCCACGAAUGCCCGUGAGAUGCGAUAUUGAAAUUUUGCCUGUUCCGAUUUAUGCAUUUUAAAUAAAAUUUUGAUACAGUCACAUUAGGAAAUAACGACAAUUACUAUGUUAUAAUCAUUAUUUCGGUGCUACGCUCUUCUGUUUGAAAUCGUGAAUGACUAAAAUUAGUAUUCGUUACAUUCAUAGAGGAAAUAGCAGUUUUUUGAGAUCUGAAUACUAUUUGAAUUAUCUCCGUUAUUUUUUAAUUAUUGGGUAAUGAUUUGUUUCUAAAUUAUGUAAAAUAUUUCAUAGUGGACAAUAUAACAUGACCGCAUUUUACCGUAAUAUAAUAUUUUGAGACUUAUGUCUUAUGCACUAAUAGUAACUAUACUAACGAUAGAAAGUAUUUUAAUGGUCAAAACAUUGUUUUGAUAAUGUUAGAGAAUUUCUUAGUGCACUCGUUGCUAAACUAAGUAAUAACGACUUGUUGGCGGGAAAAGAUGUUAUCGCUGGUUAAACUUAAUAGAUAAUUAAUUUAUUUACUUUAAGCAUUCAUAAUUGCCUUAACUGCAAAAUAUUAAAGUCGGAUUUCAGAUUGUGGAAGUCUUAUCAAAUAAAUAACUAAUUAAUAUUA